GAGGAACCCGACCAGGCCGCUUCCUCCAGAGAAUCUUCCCCAGAGCCACUGGACACCACACAGUCCUUCAUGCACACGGAUUCCAGCUUCAUGGCCUCUGAGGAGAGCACGGGAGAGAGCACCAGACUAGUUGAGCCGAAAUCCUCCGGGGCAGGGAGAGAACUGGGCGCCCCCGAACAAGCAGAGAGCCAGUUGACAGAGCAGCAAGAGGGGGACGUUCCAACAGAGCUGAAGGAAGCAGUCCUACCACCGGAAUAUCUCCACGUGGGCAUCCGCAGCAGAGAGACUCCAACACUGCUUGUGCCCAGCCCCUCAGGGGUGUCUUCAGCAGAGCACAGCCUGGCCCCAGAGCCCCCUGAGCACAGUCUGGCUUUGUGUUUGCACUAUUCCUCCCUGCGAGAAGCUCCACGUUCCACUUGCUCAGCGCGCAGCAGAUUAAGAGCUGACGUGCCAGUGCCUAACAAUCAGCAGCUGCUCUUCACAGCUUCUGAGGAGGAGAUCUACAUCGGCGAGCCUGCUGUUCGUGACCAGCCCCCCGCAGAGCCUGGGGACGGCUGUCCCAGCACAAGCCAGGAAGCAGAGGGUCCUGCUGAAUAUUCAGCGCCAACAAAAACGGGCCCUGACUCGCUGGAAUCCAAAGCCGUCAUUGCAGAAAGCCUGUCGGUCAGCCUUGGCUUGCUUGAGCCAUCUGGUGCCUUGGUGGAGAACCCUGCUGACCCUCCAGCAGCAUCUCGUGAGCGGCAGCAAAUCACCGCCAUGUUACAAGGCUCCUUCGGGAACCUCCAGACCUCCCAGCUCAAAGUGGGGCCUCUUUGUCCUGUGAGCAGCCAGAUGGUGACAGAAGCACAAAGUGUCCUUGCCAGCCUCAAGGAGAGGGUCUUGAAGAGCUCCUCGGAAGAGGCCACCCCAGACUCCUUGGGGGCCAGCGAAGCACAAGACUGGGUGGUCGAAGUUCAGCCUGAACCUGAAACACCCACUCAUGAACUUGCCGCUGGCAGUGCCACCCAGCAGCCCAGCGAGGACCAGGGUACUCUGCAAUCCUCCGAGGCCGAGUGUGCCUCAGAACAAGCACAACUGGAGAGCAUCUGUGAGACGCUGCUUGCAGCAGAGGUGACGCCCAGCCCUGUGCUGCUCACUUCCUCCAUGGGCAGCAGUGAGUCCGUGACCCCUGUGCUAGAGGAACAGGAUCUCUCAGCAGAGGAAGACUCUGGCCUGCACAGUGAAGGGCCCUUGGAGGAAGAGGCCAUCCAGGCUUCCUCUGGAACUCCUGCCAAAGACCAGGACCAGAGGUCACUGAGCCUGGAGGAGCCUGCCAAGCUGGGGAUCUCACCCAGGGAGGAAGAGCCCUGGGAGAGCCCUGGGGAGGCAGGUGUAGAUGGGGCCAUGCCAGAGGCCAGCCAAGCAGGACACCUGCAGAGUCCACAGCAUCCAGCAGACGGAGGUAAUCAGCAAAGCCAAAUCCCAUUAGAUGAUACUGAAAGCAGCAGAGAGAAUGAGACGCUUCCAACUACAGAAGCAACUGGUCCAUUGAUACUCCGUUCCUCUCCUUCUCCUGAGCCCUCAACAGCUUCCCUACCAAGUGAUUCCCAGCCUCCCAAGUCUCCUCCACCAGAGCCUUGCCCCAUCCCUGCGGCUGCUCCUCUCCAGCCAGGUCGGCCUGCCUCUCCUGAAGCCACUGUGGAGGAUGCACCUUCUCCUGAGCCCUCGGCAGUAUCCCUGGCAAGUGAUUCCAAGUCUCCUCCACCAGAACCCUGCCCCAUCCUUGCAGCUGCUCCCCUCCAGCCAGGUCAGCCUGCCUCUCCUGAAGCCACUGUGGAGGAUGCACCUUCCCCUCCUCCUUGCUCUGAACUCAUAGAAGUGCCUCCUGCUUUAUCCUUCCUGCCACCUUGCUCAGAGGAUCCUAUCCAAGGCCAAAAAGACACCUCAGGGCUCCCCGCAUCUGACACGCUCUCUGUCGCAGAGGAUGCUCACGCUGAAGACCAGCCAUCUCUCCUGCUGGAUUCCAGGAAAUAUUUAGAAGCUUUGGAGAGCUCUGUGUCCCCGGUCCCAUGCAGAGACCCCUUCCUCAGCACCCAGGAUUCCCGAGGGAGGCCCCAGCUCCCGGGGAACAAAGACGCCAGAGGGAGGGGUUCCGCCUCCGCAGAAGAGAGGCGAGCCCACCGCGGCUCCAUCCAGUCGGAAUCAAGCUCUUCCAGCGAGAGCGAGCUGCCCUACCGCUGCCCGGAGAUCGAGAGCCUGCGCGAGGCGGCUGGCAUGGCGCUGCUGGAGGACAAGCCGCUGGUGGGGCAGAGAAGCUGUGAAGUUAACCAUAAAGGCUCUUGUAACGACUCGGAGAGCAACGAUGAGUCUAUUCCGGAGCUGGAGGAGCCGGACAUCUCCGAACCCCGGACAGCUCAGACUCAGGCACAGCUAACGCACUCGCUGAGCACCGGGGAGGAAACAAUCAGCAAAGCCAAGCAGAGCCGGAGUGAGAAGAAAGCCAGAAAGGCCAUGUCCAAGCUGGGGCUGCGUCAGAUUCACGGCGUCACCAGGAUCACGAUCCGGAAGUCCAAGAACAUCCUGUUUGUGAUAACCAAGCCGGACGUGUUCAAGAGCCCGGCUUCCGACAUCUACAUAGUGUUUGGCGAGGCCAAGAUCGAAGACCUGUCGCAGCAGGUGCACAAGGCAGCCGCGGAGAAGUUCAAGGUGCCGAUGGAGCACUCGCCUUUGAUCACAGAGACGGCCCCGGCCCUCACGAUCAAAGAGGAGAGCGAGGAAGAGGAGGAGGUUGAUGAGACUGGCCUGGAGGUGAGAGAUAUCGAGCUGGUGAUGGCCCAGGCCAACGUGUCGCGUCCCAAAGCCGUGCGGGCGCUCAGACACAACAACAAUGAUAUAGUCAACGCCAUCAUGGAGCUGACCAUGUAGCUGCUGGCCCGGAUGUGCAAACAGACCCACCCCCUCUGUAUAGAUGCACAGUUACUCCUAUACAGUACAGCUGGUAUUAAAUACUCUCUAGAACUGCAAAUAUUCCUACUAGUCUACAUCUCUCAUGCUGCUCAAUAAAACGGCCUCAUGUAUUCACUUGAAACGCA